ACGAGCCGUUUCCGGUCUGGAAAAACAACAGCGAAACACGACGUAAACAAACCGGGACAGUCGCAUCGGUGCGGCGGGUUGUUCACGGUUACAAACGGGGAGCGUUGCCAUGGUGAAGUGCGUCGUCACCGGGUGUCAGAGCCGCGUGACGACCGUCAACCGCGGGAUCUUCAACCGGCCGCCGAAGAGGUUCUUCAACUUCCCAGAAGACACCGCGCGGGUCAAGGUCUGGCUGGCGGCGCUGAGGGAGACGGACAAGCAGGACUCGACAGAGCAGCACUUGAUCUGCGAGGACCACUUCCUGCCGGAGGACGUCUCCGCCGCCGGGGUCAACGGAGACGCCAUUCCCAUCAUGCCCCCCUACCUGGACGGGCCCAUGGGCCUGAUCAGUCACUGGGGGGCCGAGUCUUCCGAGGAGGAGGAGGAAGAGGAGGAGGAGGAGGAGGCGGCGGCUCAGUGGGCCCCCGGUGGCGUUGACGAAGACGAUGACGACGACGACGACGACGACGACGCUCCUGUUAAAGUGGAGCUUCCGGCACCAGAACCUCCACCGCAGCGGGAUCCAGGCGCCUUGAAGACCUCCGGGACCAAGACACCCGGCCUCAGUCCGCCCCAGAAGAGGAUCCACAACAAGAGAACGGAUGUGUCUUUGGGGGUUCUGACGCGGCGCUUCCUGGAGCUGCUGCUGGCGUCUCCGGACGGCUCGGUGGACCUGCGGCAAGUGACCACGAUCCUGCAGACGCGGCGGCGCCGAGUCUACGACAUCACCAACGUGCUGGAGGGAAUCAGCCUCAUGGAGAAGGAGUCCACCAACAAGUUCAAGUGGAUAGGAAGCUGUCAGAUCUCCGGCUUCCUGAGGAUCAACCAGCAGAAGUUCCAGAGAGAGCUGGAGAACCUGAAGCUGGUGGAGGAGACGCUGGACUCGCUCAUCAAAAGCUGCGCCCAGCAGCUCUUCGACAUGACCGACGACGUGCAAAACGCCAAGUCGGCCUACGUGACCAACGAGGACGUCGGCCGGCUGGCGGCCUUCCGGGAGCAGACGGUGCUCGUGGUCAAAGCCCCGGAGGAAACCAAGUUGGAGGUUCCUGCACCCAAAGAGGACAACAUCCAGGUCCACCUGAAAGGGGGGAAGGGUCCCAUCACGGUUCUGACCUGUGACAUCGUGGCCGAAGGAGACGCGACCGCUGAGAAGAGCAGCUGCUUCUUAACACUGGAGGAGAGCCGGAUAGCGACGGCCGCGCUGCUCACAGAGUCCAGCAGUCUGCAGAGCGCUGUGCAGAGCGCGUAGCCACCUUACGGCCACCAGGGGGCGCCGGCUGUCCUCACGGCUCAGACACGACAACAGGAGCCUGAACGUCUCCGUGGCAACGGGAGGCGUGAAAUAUUGAAGCAGAAUGUUUAAAUCAUAACCAGCUGAAAGUUCAUCAAAUCAACAUGAAAGACACGACUUGAGGAUCGAUUUAAGUUUUCUAUUAACUGAACUCAGGAGGAGGAGGAGGAGGAGGAGGAGGAGGAGCUCAGUGAUUCUGUAUGUUUUAUUGAUCACGAUCGUGUCCCGACUUACGUUUUUUGUAUAUUUUACUUUGUGUGUUUUUUUUUGUUUCUUGGUUUAAAGGAGAAAGUCUAAAAAGAAGCUGGAAUCAAUAAAAAGAAAAUAGAGAAACUGAAAG